AUGCAAACUUUAAAUAAGUGGCAAGCAUGCGAGCCCACAUUAUUCUGUUCGGUAAUUGAUUGUACUUGUAAACAGACGACAUUAGACAUUGUGUCGUAUGUUCUUUGGUUUUACAGUAAUUACCACAGUUUUAGGAAUUGACAUCGCGGUGCAUGGCAGGGAUAGGCGCAAGGGCAAGGCAGGGACUGAGCUUGAAAAUCUUUGUAGAUAGGGCAUGGCUAAGAAAAAGCCAGGGCAAUGCUAAAGCAAGCCUAGUGCAAACCUAGGGCUAAGCCAGGGCAAUGCUAGAGCAAGCCUAGUGCAAAGCUAGGAUAAUUCUAGGCCAAGGCUCUAAAGCAAGGCUAGAUAGAUCAAAGCUAGGGCAAAGCUAAGACUAGUUUAAACCUUGGCUUGGCUAGGACUAGACUAGAGCAAACAAGCCAACAAUAAAAAUUUUGAAAAAUUCAAAAUUUCAAAUUUUAAAAAAUUAAAAAUCAGAAUUUAAUCAAAAUUAAUUUCAGCUGUGCGUCCGACGCAAUAUACGCCAAAUGGAAGACAGAACAGACAUUUACCGGUCGAGUAAACGUCCGUUUCGCCCCAAACCGAUAUUGUUAUCAAGUCCUCGUAACCAACAAUCAAGUCGAGCUCCUCAUACCUCACCUGGACUGUCGUAUCAGUAGGAUACGAAGCUCCAAACCCGAAGGUAUCCUACUUGAAGCUACUGUGCUACUAUCCUUUCAUCCUGAGUUCGUAACCGAAGCCGACCGACUGUUCGUACUCCGAUGUCUGCAUACUCGAAAUGGCUCCGAAAUGGGCACCGGAGUACCACAACCAUUAACUAUGUCAACCCCGGUUACUACGGUGGAAGAGCAAGACAACUCGGUGGAGAAAGUUGCAUUAACAUGUUCGUAUGUUGUUAAACAUGACAAAAGUGGUGAAAUGAUUCGCACGGUGAGGAUUGGCACGCCAGUACGACAUGAAUGGGAAUGUGAAGGUGCGAGACCAAAUCAAUGUUUAGUGGUGACGAGUUGCUUCAUAAAGACUACAGAUUCACAACAUGAACUGAUAGAUCAAUAUGGCUGUAGUAAGGACUUAAGCUUGAUCAGCCCAUUGGAGUAUCAGGGAAAUGUAAGUGUAUAAACGUCAGGUAAUAUAAAAUAGAAAAAAAUUCGCUUAUAAAUAGGAAGUAUUCUCCCAUUACUUCAAUAAAAACCAACCAAAAAAAAAUUUGCAAAAAAUAUUUCCCAAAAAUUCUCCUCAAGGAUAAUAUUUUCGCUGGUUAUCCUUAAUACCUUCGUAAAUUUGAGAUAAAAAUAUUCUCUAUACCUUGUAAAAUACAUCUAUUUUACUGAAUUUUACUAGGUUUUAUCAAAAACUCCACUUUCAUCUCGUUAUAGCCUAUUUUUCAACCAAAUUUCGAGAGAUUUCGGCCGGACUCCAGCUAAAACAAUAUCGAAAGUCGAUAAUUAAGCGCGUUUCUAAUAGUAUUAUUGUUGUUUUAUGUUAUAUAAUAGUCUCUUUAAAAAAAGUAGACCAUUUCGUCCAAAAAAACGUUCAUAAUUUAGUUUUGUUUCAAUGACUAAGCACCUUGAUAUUGUUUUAGAUCAGUCAGUGUUUAGGUAAAAAUAGAACAUUUUGGCAUGUUUUGAGGUCAGAAAAGAAGAAGAAUUGUUAGAGAAAUUAUUGCUGAAUGUUUGUAAAUGCUUUAGGUUCAACUUUAAAUUACAUAACGUUAUUCAAAGUGCCCAUUUUAUGAAAAACACCUAAAUCAAGGUUCAAAUCAGAUAGCCAUUUUGAAUAACGCUAUUUGAACUAAAAUUCAUUCAACCUAAAUCAUUUAAAAAAUUCACAAAUCUCUUACCUAUCAAUUCUCCUGGUUUCAAGCUCAAAAAUAUCCCAAUAACUCCAUUGUUACCUAAAAAUUGAUCUAAAACAAUAUCGAGGUGCUCAACCAUCGAAAUAUUGCUCAAUAUUAAACAAGUGGUUCCAAUGUUGUUAAAGAAACCAUUCUCUAAUCUAAAACAGCAAUAAAAAUAUGAAAAUCAACUUACCAAUCCAGUUUUGAAAUUGUUUGGCUUCAAUCUGGCUGAAUUAGACAUGAGAAACGGGCCGGGCCGGCCUUGAGCAAAAUUUAGAUCGGGCCGGGCCUUGGAAAGGCGGGCCGGGCCUGGAAAAAAAAUUUCUAAAUUUUUUAAAAUUUUUUAUUUCAAUCCCCGUUAAUGUUUUUAGAUUUUAUUGGGUUCUAUGAUCCAUAAAUGAUCUAAAAAAACAAUUUAAAGCCAAUUUUCCGUUUAGUUUUUAAGUUUUAAAAUUUUUAAAAUUUUUUUAAAACGGGCCGGGCCGGGCCUAGAAAUUUUCUGAUCGGGCCGGGCCUAAAAAGUUAGGCCCGGCCCGCGGGCCGGGCUCGAAAAUUGAGCCCGGCCCGUUUCUCAUGUCUAGGCUGGAUUCCUCCAAAUGUGGCCGAAGAGUUGGGUAUAAGUUGAUGAAAGUGGAGUUUUUAGUAAAACCUGGGGUAGAUGAUCAAAGUAAAAAUAUUUUGCAAGAUAUUGACAGCACUUACAUUAGAAAUGCGAAGAGAAAUCAAGGAAAAUGAACAAGAAUAUUAGUCUUGGAGAAAAGUCUCCGAAAAUAUUGUUUUUCGCGAGAAUUUCGUUUCGGCGCGAAUUUUAAAUUUAAAACUUGACUAUUUUUUGUAGGAAAAUUUAUAAUUUUAUGACUGUUUUGAUAGUUUAUAAGCCUUAUAAACUGAUUUAUUUUUAGACACGAGUUCAACAAAGAUCGCGGAUAUUUGGAGUAGCGGAGAAGCCAUUCAUAUAUUAUCAAUGCGGCCUCAAUUUGGUAGAUAUUGGGCCGAACGAAAGCUGUCCCAGACCGAAAUGUUCUGAUCGGACUAGAAAAACGUAUGUUUUAUGUUGUAAAAGGAAAAAUAAGGAAGAUAAAGGGUUGGUAAGCUUUAGGGUGGACAAGGAAAAGUCUUGAAUAAGGUAGAGAAGAGUAGGGUGAGGUAAGGGUUGAACAAUCAAUGUAUGUGAGCGGAAUGUAAUUUUUUAGUAAAGUGGGGUUAAGUAUUUUUUUCAAAAGAUGAGGCUAUUCAGGGUAAAGAAACCUUGUUUAGGAUGUGGUAAGGUAGAAUACUAAAGAGCAUAGUAAAUUAAGGUCAAAUUAGAAUAACUUUAAAACAUGGUAGAGCAGAGUAAGCCAAAAAAUCUAUACUAUGUGUACGAAGGAUAGAAAAGAGCUUGGAUAAAAUAGGGUAUGGCAAGGUAGGGCAGAAUAAUCUAAGACAGGAAAGCAACAAGGCGUAUUUAGGACAUGACUAUGUUAUAGUAGCUUUGGUCGACUUUUUGUAACAAAAAGCCUGCAAUAACAAAAUUUUUGGAAGUAAACCUUUGCCCCUUGUUCAACUUCUUUUGCAGACUAAAAUAUGUUUGUUUACACAUGUGUUGCAGCUCUUUUACACGUUUUAAUCUUCGUCUUGUUUUCAGACGAUCCCCCUUCGCGUCGCUGUUUGACGCCGUCAGUCAGCAGAUUGAAGUAUUACCAUUGGGCGUGCCGGAACGUUGGCCCGACCAGAAGUGUCCCCAAACGCUGAAUCUGUCAGUGACCGAGUACAACGAACCGUUCCCGCUACAACAAGAGGGACAUUUUUGUAUGGCACUGCCAAUGUUCUUCAUUAGCGGCGUGGUUAUUAGUCUGGUAAGGGUGGAUUUUAAAAUUUUUGAUGAAAAACCUAAAUUUUAAGUGUGAGCGGGUAAAAUUACGGCAGAAGGGGUACGGUAGGCUUGGGUUUAAAAAAUUGUUUUGAAGGGUGGUUUUAGCUUGGCAAGGGUUUUUUUUAUUUUAUUGUUGGGCAAGGUAAGUUGAAGUAGGGCAGGGCACUGCAGGGAAGGAUAUGGCGGGGUUCGGUAAAAAAAGUUAGGGUACGGCAAGACAAGGAAUAACUGGGCAAAUUAGGGUAGGGUAGGGUGGGGUAGAGUAGGGUAGGGUAGGGAAAGCAGUCGGUACGGUAGAAAAAAAUUUUUUUUUUAAAUUUUGAAAUUUUAAAAAUUUGAAUAAAAAUUCAAUUUCAGCUCCUCCUAAUCACCGGUAGUGCGAUGGGUCUGCUGUAUACGCGUCGGUACGUGUAUCAUGACGUUGCUCAAGCCUAG